AUGCCUUCCCAACUCUCCAUCCCCAUUUCCCUCACCAUCUCCCAACCAUUGCCUUCCCUCUCCCCACCAACCCUCCUCCUAACCCUCACCAACACCUCCCCCUCCGUCCCCGUUACUCUCCUAACCUGGUCCUCCCCACUCGACCCUCUCGCCCUCCAACUCGGCCUCAUCUACAUCUCUUCCCUCUCCAACCCAUCCAACAAGCUUGACUUCCCCGAGCUGAUGAUCAAGCGCGCCAUGCCUCCACCCGAAGAUGCGCUGGUCACUUUGGGUCCCGGCGAGGAAAGAAGUCAAGAGCUGAUGAUGAGGGAGCCGGUUGUCAAUUUGGCGAUGAUGAAGGAGUUGGCGGAGGAGGGGAAGGUCGGGGUUAGGGUUGUUUGUGGGAAGAAGGAUGAUGAGGAGAGCGGGGUGGUGGUUUGGGUGGGGAAGAAGAGGGAGGAGAUCAGUGAUGAGGAGAUUGAGUUGUUGGGAAGGGGGAAGGAGGCGGAGAGGUGGAAGAUUGAGAGUGAGGUUUUUGGGAUGAGGGUUGGUGGGGAGUGA